CCCGCGGGGCAGCUGCAGCCAUGUCGCGGGGGCCAGAGGAAGUGAGCCGGCUCACCGAGAACACCUACCGGAAUGUUAUGGAACAAUUUAAUCCUGGGCUCCGAAAUUUAAUAAACCUAGGGAAAAAUUAUGAAAAAGCUGUUACCGCUAUGAUCCUGGCAGGAAAAGCCUACUAUGAUGGUGUAGCCAAGAUUGGUGAGAUUGCUACCGGGUCUCCCGUGUCAACUGAGCUGGGCCAUGUCCUCAUAGAGAUUUCAAGCACCCACAAGAAACUCAACGAAAGUCUUGAUGAAAAUUUCAAAAGAUUCCAUAAAGAGAUUAUACAUGAACUGGAGAAAAAGACAGAGCUUGAUGUAAAAUAUAUGAACGCGACUCUAAAAAGAUACCAGGCAGAACACAGGAAUAAACUAGAUUCUUUGGAGAAAUCUCAAGCUGAGUUGAAGAAAAUUAGGAGGAAAAGUCAAGGAGGACGAAACGCAUUAAAAUACGAACACAAAGAAAUUGAGUAUGUAGAGACUGUUACUUCUCGCCAGAGUGAAAUCCAGAAAUUCAUUGCAGAUGGUUGCAAAGAAGCUCUACUUGAAGAGAAAAGGCAUGUCUGCUUUCUGAUUGACAAACACUGUAGCUUUGCAAACCACAUACAUUAUUAUCACUUACAGUCUGCAGAAUUACUUAAUUCCAAACUGCCUAGAUGGCAGGAAACCUGUGGUGAUGCCACCAAAGUACCGGAGAAAAUCAUGAACAUGAUAGAAGAAAUAAAGACUCCAGCCUCUACGCCAGUGUCCGGAACACCUCAGCCUUCAUCCAUGAUCGAGAGAAGCAACAUGGGUGGCAAGGAUUAUGACACCCUUUCUAAAUAUUCAUCAAAGAUGCCCCCAGCUCCUUCAGCCAAAGCAUAUACCAGUCCUUUGAUUGAUAUGUUUAAUAACCCAGCAACAACAACGUCAGAAAGGAUAAAUAAUUCAACAGAUACCUCGGAAGAUCCCAGUUUACAGCGAUCUGUUUCAGUUGCAACUGGACUGAACAUGAUGAAGAAGCAGAAAGUAAAGACCAUUUUUCCACAUACUGCUGGUACCAACAAGACGCUCCUCAGCUUUGCACAGGGAGAUGUCAUCACGCUGCUCAUCCCUGAGGAGAAGGAUGGCUGGCUUUACGGAGAGCAUGACACCACCAAAGCGAGAGGUUGGUUCCCAUCAUCAUAUACAAAGUUGCUAGAAGAAAGUGCACAGGAAACAGUGACUCUGCCUAUGCCAAGCCCUGCGCCUGUGAGGAGUGUCAGCACCGUGAACUUAGCCGAAAAGAGCAGCGUCGUCAUCCCCCCACCCGACUACCUGGAGUGCCUGUCCAUGGGAGCAGCUGCAGAGAAGAAGGUCGAUGUCACCAAAAAUACUUCUACUUUUAAAGCACCAGUGUCCAAACCAGAAGCCACAUCUCCUAAUCAUGCAAACGGGACUGCAAAGCCACCUUUUCUCAGUGGAGAAAAUCCCUUUGCUACUGUGAAGCUCCGACCAACAGUGACAAAUGAUCGAUCAGCGCCAAUCAUUCGAUGAAAAGAUGGCCAAGGAUUCUCCUGGUUCUCCAAUGUUAAGUUCUCACUGCAGAAUGAUGGGUAUCUUGUUUGAGAAUGUACUGUGACUGUCAUGAAGCUUUGCCAGAGGGUGCCUGAUCUUAAUAUAUUCUAAAUGAGCAAAUCAAUGUAUUUUCUCAAUUUAACAUAGCUAGGUUUAUAGUUCUGUCUUAAAUGAGUAAUACUUUGGUGACCACCUUGAUCACUUAAUUUUCUUCCUAUUCUGUUCAAAAACCAGUAAAUUUGGUUACAAUCUUCACUGUAUCAUGUUUUAAAUAUUCUAUGAAAUAUUUUUUAAUAACAGAAUAAGGGAUAGUCUAUGCUUUCAUGGCUGGCUUUCUGCACCUGAAUACAAAUGAAGCCAGAGUUUUAUUUUAUAAAGCAUGUGCUCUUAAGUAGCAUUAUAAUGUUCAUCUGAAGAAAAUAUUAUGUAAGUUUGCAUCUCAGCAUGCAAAUCAUAUUUUAAGCAAUAUAAAUUAUGAAAAGAUUAUAUAAAAUGCAGUAAUUUUUUUUAACUUAAAAAUGUUCAACUUUUUAAUCAAAUGAGCUGCCUGAGAUGGAGAAAGCCCCAGCCUUCAUCCAAUAUAGACAUAGCUGUAGGGGCUGAGACAUCUUGCCUACCCUAUUACAGCCGUAUUUAGCAUUUGUGAAGUAGUCUCAAAGAGCUACAGAGUUUGGUCCUUCCAAGCUAUGCCUGCAUCUAUCCAUCCAGAGAGACAUGUUUCUCUGCAGGCCCUGCUUGUGGAAAUCUGCAAAAAGUAACAGCAGUGCUUUCUUGAGUUGUCAUUAACUUGGGAGCAGCGUGGCUGCCUUUCCACACUCGGAAACCUGGGCUCGCACUAAGCUAGCAGACCACAGCUGUCCAUUUCUAUUGGUAACUUACUCUGAAACCUCUUGGGGUACACGUUCCUUCACUUUUGCAAUCAGGUACUGACUCACCAAUGCCCUCAUAAAGCCAGGGUGACCUGUGGUGGUAAGACUGAGAGGGUCUGCAUUUCAGCUGAGCAGCCAUCAUGCUCUCAUCGAACCUCGGGGGCUGGCUGAUUUCAGGCUCUGCACUGGUGACCCUGGGCCUCUGGCUGCUAGAAAUUUGAACCUGUUUUGGAGUGGAGGGUCCUGAUUAAAAUUUAACACCCCAGCUACUCACAUGUUGGGGGGGGGGUGUAGAGGGAGAGGGUCUAAGCUGUUGCUUUUCACAUCUCUCUCUUACCAUAUAAGCUUAAAAUUGGUCACAGUCACAUGCAGGCAGACCAGUGUGUGUGACACUUCAGACUCCUACUAGCUGGGCCAAGUACAAUGUCAUACUCCCUCUCCACAGAAAACAAACCAAGCCACCCCUACAGUGGGCUGCUGGCAUAGAACUGUGUCAACAUCGCCCCCCUCUAAAGGACCACAGGUCUGGGGCAGGCCACAUGUAGCACCACCAUCUGUCUUGAGGAAAGAUGUUCCAGCCAGGAAAGAAAAUUGUCACAUUCAGUUCUGUGGCCCUCUGCUCCUCGCAACAUUUCAGAAAAGCAAGCACAGAGUUCUUGGAAGCCCACUUUUUUUUAGCAAUGCGGAAGGAAUGAGUAUAGAUUUUAGGUGUAUAUUAAGAAAGGGAGGGGACAUCAGCCGAGAACUUCAGAGCUCCACUUGCAGGGGUUUUUACUUUGUCACAGGGAUAAGUCAAGUCCUAGGCUGAUCAGAGCAGCUGUGAGCCCCUUUGGUUCACCCAGUCCUGGGUCCCACAUCACACAGGAGAGGGAAAGGCUUGUCUUAGGUCCUUGGCAUAGGGGUGACAAGUUACUCUAUCACUGUUGAGGUAUUAAGUUUGAUUUUAAUAAUAGAGAAAUGGAAACAAGCACAUUUUCUUGAACUGUAAAGGCCUACUGAGGAACAGAUGAUGAUCUUGUGUGACCAUGAAAUGAAUAAAGGUGAAGCUAGGCAGUG